UAAAUUACAGGAGUCUGUCACCACACCCAGACCACAGGAUUAAGCCCAUUGGUUUUCAGUUUGUCUGCGCCAGGAGAGGCAUCGCCUGCCCCCUUCAUCAAAUAGUUAUUUUGACAAAUCGGAAGCGUCUCUAAUCCACAUCUACCUGCGCGCCCACCGAGCCUCCUGUCAGCGACCUGUCGGCUCUGAAAUGGGGAACAGCAAACCUUCAGCGCUCCUCUCACUUAUCGGUGUCAUGCUGCUCUGGCCGUAUGUUCUCACCAAGAGCGUCUCAUCCAGACUGCAGACUGCAGACAGCACCUCUCUAUCUGCCGGGCACGGGGAAGAGCGCCCUCAUGUGGUGAAGCGGUCAAUACAGAACUGCGACAGCACUUUUGACAGCUAUUGCCUGAACAACGGCCAGUGCAUGCUGCUGGUGGACAUCAAUGAACACCACUGCAAGUGUGGGAGGGGCUUCUACGGCCCCAGGUGUAGCAACCCGGAGCUCCUUGUUAAGCCAAUGGGAGAAGAGCAGAUAAUUGUCACCAUUUUCUGUGUGACUCUGCUGAUUAUAGGUCUGGCUGGAGCUCUGUACUUCUGCUGCAAAUGGUAUAAGAAAAACAGAAUCCCAUGUCAGCAGAAGCAUCAGGGUUACAAAGGAGUCCAGACAGCUUAGACGCACACCCACUGCAUCCGUCGCUGGAAAAGACAAACCAGGAUUCUGAAAAGAUGAUUUCAACAUACCAUGACGUUACCUGACAUGCUUACACUCAGUGGCUGGUUAACUGGAUGUCACACAGCUUUGGAUCACUUUAUCAAGCAGGCAAAUUGGCACAAAGAGAUAAAAACAAAAAACAGCUUUGAGCGUGGUGCGAUUGUUGUUUCUAGCUGCACUGGUUCUUAUGUUACAGCACCUGCUGCCCUCAUGUUUGAAAAGAUGAAUGGUGAGACACACAAAGACAGUUUCUAUGGGUGACGAUGAUGGUGGGUAAUGGAAAAUUCAUGGAGAAAUGUGAAAGUCUAAACAAAUAUUAGGGGUAAGCGACUGUCAAACAUUUCUAACCCCUUGCGAUCCAGGGGCUGUAAAACAAAGUCAACCAAAUUGCAUGCUUUUUAAAAACGGCAAUAAUACACAGCUUAGCUGACAGUAACGUGCAGUACAUUAUAAUGAUCAUUACCAAAGCAGUCAUGCUGUGUGUUACACCCUCUUUGUUGCCAGUAAAUGUGAGAUUCAUUUAAAAUUUUUAGAGAGCAAAUUUUUCAGGUUUGGCGAGGUUGCAGAUCUCGUCACAUCUUUUAAAUCAGCCUCAGAGAUCAAAGCAUAAAACUUAUUGAUCAUAAAGUGUUAACCAUCUAGCUGCCUUCUGACUGCCUACAGUACAGUUCUGCACUUUUUCUUAAUAGUUUUUAAUUUAUCUCUAACACUUUUGCCUGGUUUAGCUUGUAUUUAUUGUUGGGGUUUUUUGCCUUUUGUAGCUAUUAUGAAUAGUAAAAAUAGCCAUUACUGUCAUUAAAGUGGCCACUGAGUGUAAUAGUUCUGUGUUUUAUUUGAAUCUUUGUUAAGUCAGAAAGUAUUUUCAUUUUGAUAAUUUAUUAUAAAGUAUUAAUGUAUA